UAGGACGUAGCAACAACCCAGCUAGCUAGCCUAGCCACACACAGGCAAGGUUUUAUCAUGGCUUAAUAGCUCGAAACUAGUCGUAUUUAGUCAGUCGAGGAGAAAAUAAUGCAGUGGGGAUGUGUCUAAAGAAUGGGAAACGUGUUUGGGGGAAAGACUCGACCCUCCCGCGUAACCGAACAAGACAAAGCCGUCUUGCAAUUGAAGCAACAGAGAGAUAAACUGAAGCAGUACCAAAAGAAGAUUACUCUGCAGCUGGACAAAGAGAGACUGCUGGCCAAGCAGCUGCUAAAAGAUGGAAAGAAAGAAAAGGCUCUGCUGCUCCUUAAGAAGAAGCGCUAUCAGGAUCAGUUGCUAGACAAGACUGAAAAUCAGAUCUCAAACCUUGAGCGCAUGGUGCAAGAUAUCGAGUUCAUGCAAAUUGAGAUGAAAGUCAUCGAGGGACUGAAAGCAGGCAAUGACUGUCUGAAAAAUAUGCACCAGAUCAUGUCAAUCGAAGAUGUAGAGCGCAUCCUUGAAGAGACCCAAGAAUCAAUUGAGUAUCAAAAGCAAAUAGAUGAAAUGCUGGCCGGCGCACUGACGCAGGAGGACGAGGAUGCUGUUUUGGCCGAGCUGGAAGCCAUUACUCAGGGAGAAGAUGUCGCGCUUCCAGAUGUUCCCACAGAAUUGCUACCAGACGUCCCGGAGACGGCCGACCAAGAAGUGGAUAGAGGACGGAAAACGAAGCGAGAGAUGUUAUCAGCAUAACAUUUUAAUAUCACAUUUCCAUAUUUCAACUGACUUGCUUUCACCAAGACUUUCAAUAAAAGAGCUUAACUACAAUGUGUGUAACUUCAU